UUUGUGUAUCCUUAGUGAAGAAGUACCCAGGUGAGUUCACGUUUAUUUCCUCUGCGUUGCGCAGAAUUUCUCGUUUACCUGUAAAACUCAACAACAAAUCAAAUCCUUCACCAAAUUCAAAAACCCUCUUUUUUCUAAUUCAUCACGCAAACGACACCGUUUCAUCAUUUUCUAGUGUCAGUUUUUAUUUAUUACCUAAACCAGAAAAUUUUCUUUUCACACAUUCAUAAAUCAUUUUCAUUUCCAUUUCGAGAAAAUUUUGUUAGGGUUUCGUUUUCUUCAUCUUCUCACACAUUCUCUCGUUUUUUCUUCUCUGGUUUUCGCCGUUGAUUCCGCUUUCAAAUCUCUUCAUCUUCGUUUCAUUGAGUAAUCUUCCCGCACAAGAUGUCCAAAAGAUCAAAACAUACUCAUGAUUCGGAUUAUGAAUACUACGAGAGUAGAUAUUAUGAAGACUUGAAGGAUGAUUACUACAAGGACAAGCUCAAAAUCUCUGAUUCCAAGUAUCGCUGUCCGUUUUGCUACAACAAGGAUUACUACUCUUUGAGUGAUGUAUUGAGACAUGCUUCCAGAAUGUUGGGUGACUCGCGUGAGACGGAUAAAGAAAUUGCUAAACACUCUGCCCUUAAAAUGUAUAUUCAAAGGUAUCUAGAUGUUAAAGCUGAUAGAAUUAGAUUACCUGAUGUUAGAAUUGCUAGUGAUAAGGUACCUGGUGUUAGUAUUGCUAGUGAUAAGACUGUUAAUUUGAGUAUCGCUGAUGAGAAGUCGCGUCUUAUGAAUGUUGAUAAGGGUCAGUUAGCUAAGGUGAAUGUCGUUGAUGAUGAGUUGUUUGUCUGGCCAUGGAUGGUCAUAUUGGCUAACAAUGUUACUAAUUUUGACCCGAAAAGUGGAAAGUAUAUUGGGAAGAAUCAUAAGAAAAUUAAGGAGGAGCUGAUCAUGAAAGGGUUUCAGCCGAUCAGAGUUACUGCGCUGUGGAACCCUAGAGGACAAACACCCUUUGCAAUUGUUGAAUUUGGAAAAGAGUGGGAUGGUUUCCACAAUGCUAUGAAGUUAGAGAGGAGCUUUCAGGCAGAACACUGUGGUAAGAGGGAUUACUUGGGUUUACGGAAGCAGGAGCUUGGAGAUAGACUAUUUGGCUGGAUGGCACGCCGUGAUGACUAUAAUUUAAAGGAUGUAGUUGGCAAACACCUGAAGGGAAAUGGGGAUUUGAAAACAGUUUCUGGAAAAGAAGCCGAGGACACUAGGAAAGCGAAGACGCUUGUCUUUGGUUUGGCCAAUACCUUAAAGCAGAAGACCGAUGAAUUGGAACAUACAGCAAGCAAAUAUGAUGAGGCUAAUGCGUUCUUAAGGAAAGUGAUGGAUCAAAAAGAGAAGAUGCUUGAAGCUUUUAAUGAGGAAAUCAGCAAGAUGCGGCAGGUUGAACGUGAGUAUCAGGAGAAAGUAUCGAAGGAUCAUGAAAUAGCUAGGCAGGAACUGGAAACUCGGAGGAAUGAACUUAAGUCCCGUGAAAAGGAUCUGCAGAAGCGUCAAGCAGAUAAUCUCAAUGAGAGAAACAAGCUAUAUCUUGAGAAGAAAAAUAAUGAGAUGGCAAUAGAAGAGCAACAAAAGGCUGAUGAAAAAAUGAUGUCUUUGGCUGAAGAACAUAAGAAAGAAAAGGAGAAACUUCACAAGAAAAUUCAUGACCUGGAGAGAGGACUUGAUGCAAAACAAGCAUUGGAGUUGGAGAUAGAACGGCUGAAAGGAGCUUUCCAGGUAAUGAAUCACAUUGGAGAGACUGAUCUAGAAGAGAAGAAAAAACUGGAGGAAAUCAAAAUGGAGCUGCAGGAAAAAGAAGAGGAAUUGGAAGGCGUGGAAGAUCUUCAACAAACACUGGUUGUUCAAGAGCGCAAAACUAAUGACGAGUUGCAAGAUGCCCGCAAAAAAUUGAUAAGUUGGAUUGGAUGCCCAAAGAAGGCUCCUCGAGCCAUAAUUUCUGUGAAAAGGAUGGGAGAACUUGAGAUUAAGCCAUUUUUGGAAGCAGCUAAGAGAAAGUUUUCUGAUGAAGUGAAUGAGAAAAAAGCAACUAAGGCACAACUUCGCGAAAAAUGGCAAUUGAAAGCAAUCGAGUGGUGCUCUACGUGGGAUGACUGUCUUAAAGAUCCCAGCUGGCAUCCGUUCAAAGUUGUGACUGAUAAAGACGGGAAAUCCAAGGAAAUUUCAGACGGAGAAGAUGAAAAGCUAAAAAGUUUGAAGGAUGAGUUCGGGGAUGAGGUGCAUGAUGCAGUAGCUACAGCUCUGAAGGAGUUAAACGAGUGCAACCCUAGUGGUAGGUACCCAAUACCGGAACUCUGGAAUUUUAGGGAAGGAAGGAAGGCCACAUUGAAGGAGGGUGUUUCCCAUUUAAUUAGGCAAUGGAAAUUAAAUAAGGGAAAGAAAACUUAUUGAGGCUUCAUUUGGGUGGUAUGAACAUAGAAUUAGACUUACAUGCAGGAAUUUUAAUUUUAAUUCUAGCUGUAACUGACUUCGGUACAAUCCAAUCAGAAUGUCAAUGGUUGGUGGUAAUACUUCGUACGGUUGUUCUGAAUAAUUACUAAUAUCAUGUAGGAGUACUUUUAGGUUCAAACUUAGAAACGAGUUGAAGUUUGAAAUUGUCUAUUGGUUAAACAUAUGUUGAAAAAUUAUCAAAGGCAUGUGGUAUCAAUUGUCUCUCUUUGUA